GGGAAUCUGGGGAUUCGUGACAGAAGUAAUUUUAUUUUCUUUGAAAUGCAAAUUGUUCCUGAUGAGAGGAAGUAAGCAAUCACGGACCUCCUUCACAGUCUGUUGGUUUUGUUAAUGGUAGGAUGGGUCUGACUUCGUCCAAUAAAUACAGCUCAGUUCUAUUCACGUUGGAAUUAGUUUCUUUGGUUCAGGCAGUAUGCACUGCAGGAACCUGUGAAACAGUAUUUAAAGGCUUCUCUGACUGUUUGCUUGGCCUUGGAGAAAACAUGAUGAACUAUUCCCAAGAGCUGGACGACAGAGAAAACCUACAGACCAUCUGCUCAUAUUGGGAGGACUUCCACUCGUGUGCCUCCAUAGCAAUUGCAGAUUGUCAAGAAGGAGCGACAGAGAUCUGGGAAAAUCUGAAGCUGCAGUCGUGGAGUUUAAACUAUCAGGGAAGUUUGUUUGAAUUAUGCUCUGGGUAUAAUGAAGUGUCCAGGGUUGUAUUUCCAAUGGAUAAGAUACUGCUGAUCUGUUUUACCACACUGGUAACACAGCUUGCUUUUGAGUAAUGAACUUGAAGAUCUGACCAGAGACCCUUUUCUCAAUGGACAAUAUACGGACCAGCACCUCUUUAAAGAAAUCAUUUGGUGUUUAUGUGCACAUAAUAGACUAUUAAGCAUAAUACGUUGAGAUACUGUACAGAUACUGAUACAGAUUCUGUAUGUAUCUUGUGUUACAACUGAAACACCUAAAAUACAAUUCAAUCACAACUUUUGUAUAUUAACACUAUUUUUAAGGUUUUCUCCAGCAUUACAAUCUGUCUUAGACAAAAGAGACACAGCAUCCAAUGCACAUAGCAUAUUGCCUUUUUUGACAGAAGGAAACAUCUCUGGUGGAAUAUAAAUGGCAUAAGAAAUGCAGUUGCUCUCUAUCACAGCCCCUAAAUCAAGACUUGACCUGGUUAGAAUUUCGUGCUGUGCUGAGCAUCCUAAACAUUCCCUGAAGAGAUUGUGCUCUCAUUAGGCACAUCUGUCUUUCUGUUAGAUAGCCUGUGUUGUAGAGUAAAUAAAAACAAUACAAAUGUAGUCUUUUUCUGAAUUUGAAAGAUAUGAGUAGAAACAUACAUUUUAUUUUACAUUGUUGUUUAAUCUUAUGUUGGCGUGUAUUGUCUUUUAAUGCUGAUAUGAGCUGAUAUUUUUUAAUCUUUGUUAGUGUUAUCUAUCAUUUACUAAUGGUAACAUAUACAACCUUAUUAUAAAGUAUACAAUUAAUUUGGUAUCACAUUAUCGUGAGUGACCUUAAUACAUAUUUUUCACAAAAAAUUGUUGAUUAUUUCAGAGGGUUACUAAUGACACAUAAUUUGGGUAUUUUCAUGGAUAAAUUUGGAAUUAAAUGGGUUAUAUAAACUGAUUCAGUAUUGAAUAAAUAUCACUAACAUUUAAAACAUGCAAAUAAAUUGUCUUCAUUCUGUACAUAAAACCCUCAGGCCAGAAACUAUAUAGCUCUCAAAAAGUGACUCAUAAAUGUUCAAUAAUUCAGUGACACCAGACUCACAGCAUCCCAAACAAAAUAAACCACUCAGCAGUUCACAUUAACUGCACAACUCCUCUGUAGUGAUCUUUCUUUACGGAAAGAGUUCAUUUCUGAGAAAUGAUACAAAAGAUUUCUAUUCAUCUUCAAAUAAUCAAGACAGAAAGCUCUAGAAUUUUCUAUUGAGUUGUCUCUACUGCAUGUGCAGGCAAGUUUAAUGUUAUGGCAGCACUAACUUGUGUGCCAGAUCAGGUCUAGUUUAAAGAUGUUUGUUCAGAUUUCAUAGUCCCUCCCAACACUUAUAGUAAAUUCUGUGUCAUCUUUUCCAUGUUCGAUACUCUUCCAAAGAAGCCUUUGGACUUCAUUUAGUCUAUUUCAGACACAAACCUGUCAAACAAG